AUUCAUCUGGGAAAAUACCAAAUGGUGUGAUGGGUGGAAAUCCUACGGCAUUUGGCGACUUUGAUACAUGUCUUCAAAUAGAAUCUCCAAGUCGCAGUUUUCAUGGACAGUAUUGCCAUAUAUAUUUAGAUCUACCAUUGCCGGAGAGACCAGCGAUGUCACCAAUAGAAAUGCCAGUAGAAAUCAUUCAUAGUCUGUUUGAACCUAACACAUUGAUGAGUAACUUAGCAAAAUUUGCUCAAUAUUUUUAUAUUGCUCAACCAAGAUUGAAUGCCUGCCUUCCAUCAUCCUGUUCAAAAAGAGACGUAGCAGCUUUGUUUUCUAACAUUAUGGUGUAUUUGAAAAUUGACAAUAAAGGGAAUGUACCUGUGGAUUGUGAAGUUAAAGAAGACCUGGCAUUUACAACAAUGGAGAUUUUUAUUUAGUGAGUAUAACUUUUCGGUUCAUUGUUUUCAUGUGUUAAUUCUGCCGAUAAAAGAAACUUCCA